UCUUAUCCCUUUCACCAGGCGCUGGGUUCUCGCACGUGUGGAUGUAGUCUGGCUGUUGUCCUGUGUCUUCUGGUCUCUCUUUUAGGAUUAGUUGUAUUUGUUGUAUUUUCAAAAAUACAUAUGUUUUUGGGAGGAGAUUCCCACUGUCCUACUCACGCCGCCAUCUUUGCUCCGCCCUCCGUUUAAAUACUUUUAAUUUCCAUUUCCCCUUGGAGCCUCUCCUCCCUGGUGUGGAAAUGCUGCACUGAGCGUGGGCUGUGUCUAAACUCCUGGGUGUUGGAGAUACUAUCUCCCUUAUUUCAAAAUCAGAGCAUCCCACUUUGUAGAAGCUUUGCAUUCUCCACAGUCCUCCUCCUGUCUCUGCAUUUUCUCAUUGAUGACAAGGUCUCUGUUGGCAGCCGCACCCAGAGGGUGGCGCUCAACGUGGGGCAACUGGAAAGUCCCAUACUUCCCAGUUGCAAAAUACCCUACGUCACAAAACCACAUGCUAAUCACUCCUUAGCAUAAGAACCAAUCAGAUCUACUAAAAAUUGCCAUGCUAAUGAAGCACGUAUAGCAGCACCAAUCAGCACAGAGCAUGAGAGCUAUAUAAGCUGGCCCCUUCGUUUAGUCUGGGUCCUGCCCAACACAUUUGUUUCACAAAGAGCUGAAGAUUAAAGCUUUCUGCAGAAGAAUCCUGCUGUUGUUGCGUGCUGUUCUUGCCGGCGAGGACGGGGCGCGCGACAAGUGGUGCCGAAACCCGGGGACCAGAACAUCACCGGCACAGGGAGGACCCUUCAGACAUCUGGAGAGGAUUCAGAACUGCAGGAUUGAAGAAAACCCGGAGUGGGUGAAGAAAACCCCUUCUGGAUCCCAGAGCGCCUGACAAGGAAGGUCCUGGACAAAGGAGAUGACCUCUCUGUGCCUACUGAUCCUGCUCUCGUCGCUGGGAACCCCGAUUCAGGGAGUACUGAGAUGGGGAAUAUUGUCUGCCUUUCCUAAGCCCAUGCCCGUCCGCUUCAAUGCAGCGGUUUUUCCACGUUUUUUUACUUCCAACUCUAGCAUAAAUCUGCCAUACCUGGCAAAAGACACCAUGACAGCUCCUUUGGGAGAAAACCGAUCCUUUGUAACCGACGGAUCAUUAUGUUUCACCACUAAGAAUCUAACCAACUGUAUCUCCCUAAAGCAGAGAAAAUAUGGCUGGUUCAGUGAUCCGAUAACGGGGAUCGUGCUUGGGGGGCCCGAGAACCUAACGAUCCCCCAGAAUGUUCUCUGGAUCAAUGGAACAUUUGUAGACCCUCCCGGAGGCCUUAACUCAACCACCAGCCUCCGUCAACCCAAAUAUGCUCCCCACUGCUUAGGUGAUUAUGAGGGAGAACCAUGGCCCUGGACAGACUGCCAGUCAGCUACAGUGACUUGGGCAGACACACACCAGAGGUUCACUAUCUCCCCAGAUAUGACCGAAGGUAGAAGUUGGGGAACAGCAAUGAUAAAAGAUAGCAAUUACUCCCAGCCUAUGAACAGGAAUCCUUUUCACAAAUGGAUGCUGUGUGGCAUUAAUGGCUCUUGUACAGACCUGUCCCCACUAUCCGCCCUUUUGGGUGGAGGAAAAGGCGUCAGCUACAACAUGACCUAUCAGUGCUAUACUGAUGUGAAAUCCUCAAGCCCUACCACUCGUUUCUGUUCCCCGGUCAAUUCUACACAGGGAGCCCCCAAGCUCCCCUUCCCACCAGCUCCAGUAUGCCUUUCCCCCCCAUUCCUGUUUAUCUUGUCCAAUGAUGGUUUUAACUCCUGUUCCAAUACCUCCUGUUUUCUGUCUCAGUGCUGGGAUGCACUUAACUUUACCAAUGCCUUAAUAGCCCGUAUUCCUCGUUGGGUCCCCGUCCCAGUAGACGCACCUAAUACCAUGACACUGUUUCGAGAGAAACGCGACUUCGGUGCUACAGCCGCUAUAGUGCUUCUAAUCUCCAUAACCGCAGUUGCAGCCACCGCAGCUGGCAUAGCUUUAGACACCUCUAUCAAAACAGCUACAGAACUCAAUAACCUUGCGGAAUCAGUAUCCUCUGCCCUUGACCAUCAGUCCACGCUUGAUGGCAAGCUGAAAGGAGGAAUAAUGGUCCUCAAUCAGCGAGUAGAUCUAGUGGAAGAGCAACUAGAUGUGCUCUGGCAGUUAGCCCAAUUGGGAUGUGAGCGAAAAUUUCGCGCUCUCUGCAUUACUAGCAUACAAUAUAAAAACUUUACGCGAGCAGCUAAUCUGUCACGAAGCCUGUCCCAGUAUCUUUCAGGAAACUGGUUCCAAGACUUUGAUGGAGCAUUGGAAGAGCUACGGCGAGAAAUAAUCCACAUCAACUCCACCCGGCUAGAUAUCUCCGUAGCAGAAGGACUCUCUUCCUGGUUCCACAGAGCUCUCUCCCACGUUAAAGAGUGGGCGGUCAUGGCUGGGAUGAGUGUAUUCAUGCUUGGAGGUCUCAUGCUCCUACUCUGGUUGUUUGUUAUGCAGGCUCCGUGCCCGACAUAGGCAAGAUAAAGUAAUCCUUGCUCAAGCCUUAAUGGCGGUAGAUAUUGGCGCCUCUCCCCAAGUAUGGCUCAACAUGCUCAAUAAAGAAGCUCAGCUUUAGCUUGAGGUAGCCCUUGCACCCUGAGCCCUUGUGGCAUUGCACCAGGCCCGGGUACCUUAUCGCUUACCUGCAGCUUUCCCUAAGAAACUCGCGGUGCAAGAGGGUCAAAGAAAAGGUCCAAGACCCUUUGUACCAGGCGGUCCCAACGUCUGCUAGAGGAUGCGAGGCAAAGCACUGCAAGAGGUUUUGGACCCCUCUGAGAGACACGCCUGACUGCAUAGGGGUAGAUGCCCAGAGACCCCUCUCCAAAAAGGGGGCAUCAAGAAAUGUUUGCUGGAGGUCAGGCCUCUAUCUCCGCCUCAGCUGACAAGUUCCGUCCUGAGCUUCAAUUAAACAAAAAAGGGGGAGAUGUUGGCAGCCGCACCCAGA